AUGGCUCAGUACGUUCAACCUUACAGAAGCUCGCCGGAGGAUCGGCCCCGUCCACGGAAUGUGUCCCGGGAGGAGGCCAUGAAGCUGGACGGAUACAGACAUGCCUGCCAUGUCAUGCUGUAUGCGCCGACCAGCGCCAAACUCUUCGACCGUGUUCCCAUCAGAUACAUUGUGCUGAUGAUGAUGAGGUUUGAUGGUCGCCUUGGUUUUCCGGGAGGAUUUGUAGAUCUAAGAGAUACUUCUCUGGAAGACGGCCUGAAUCGGGAAUUGGUAGAGGAACUGGGCCCCUCUUUUAACACGCUAAAGGUGACUGAACAGGAUUUUAGGAGUUCUCAGGUCCGAGAGAUGCCACAGAAGGCCAUCACACAUUUCUAUGCCAAAGAACUUAAAGUGGAACAGAUGGAAGCCAUUGAAAAAGAGGCUGCCCUUGCAAAAGACCAUGGAUUAGAGGUUAUGGGAUUAGUCAGAGUUCCCCUUUAUACGUUACGUGAUGGUUUUGGAGGUCUUCCGGCCUUUCUUUCAAACAACUUUAUUGGUAACUCCAAAAGCCAACUCCUAUAUGGGCUGCGCUCCCUCCGCCUACUACGCGAGGACCAGAUCCAAGAUGCAAUAUGGUGUAGUCAGAACAUUCAGUAUUGA